GCAACCAACAGCCCGACAUUUAGCGCGUCGCGCCAAAAAUGGUGGAGAAAGAUCACAUCUUUCAGGUUCAUGUACUGGCAUGUUGCAUCACUUUGGCCCUGCUGGUUUGGCGCAGCUGCUCCCGCGCGCGCCGUCACUCACGAAGCGCUGCUUCUCGGGGCGCGCCGGUGCCGCUGGCCUCGAGGGGGUUGGCACAGGACUUGGCACGAGAAGCCUUGAACCGAGAGAGAGAACAGCGUUCCGCUGUCGCCCUGCAGCCGCAGUAUCCGCGCCAUGAACUUCUCCAAAGGCUUUGGCGCGGUGUGGCCCCCACGGUGCCCAAGGGGGGCCAAAGUCUUUUACCACUGGAGGCCCCAGAGCAGAGCGGGCCCUCCACCUGGUGGCCGGAACUGGAGCAUCUCUUCAGAGGAGACGCGAAGUCAGCCGAAGAUGCAGCGGUGCCGAUUGGUGCCGAUGCCCAGGAGUUGUUGACACGGGCUUUGGCUUUGCUUGAGGCCUGUCAGGAUCCAUCUAGGCAUCAGGGAUUUGAUGGGAUGAGCAUUCGGUGUGUACUGCAGAAGCCACCAAAUUUGGUUUGGUUCGCCGACACCACUGGGAAUCCACUGCCCGUGGUGAUUUCCGAGACGGUCAUCCAGACGCCCAACGAACUUCCCAUUGAUGCCGUGGUGUGGGCGAUGUACUCACCGACAGAGCGCUUGCAAUGGGACAAGAGCCCCUGGGUGGCGCAUGAGAUUCUAUAUUCUGGAGGUGUCAUGGACAGUGGAGCUGUGCGCGAUAUCUUGUAUUCGCGGGUCAGCAUUGCACCUGGCAUCAGCGAUCGAGAUUUAAUUCAGGAGCGCUUCCUGAUGAAGCUCCCUGAGGAGCAAGGUGAUGGCUAUGCAAUUCUUAUGUGUUCUUGCUCCGAUGAGCUGGCUGCGACCUUGGGGCGACCAGCAGACACUUCGAGUUCCACCGUGGUCCGCAGCAAGGACCUCCUCUCCGCCUACAUCCUUCGACCCCGGGAAGCACGCGGGAGCUUUUGCUUGCAGACGCUGUCACAGAAAGAUGUUGGCAGUCAUGUACCAUCCUUCCUGCAGCACAUGGCCCGCAGCGUAGGGAAGCGGAAGCCCUUGGAGAUGGCGAUGCAGCUUCAGAGCCACUGCGAGCAGCGCCAAGGUUAUGGUGCAGGCGUGAAAAAAGCGACCACCGCAGCAGCGGCAACGCCGUACCAAAGGACAUGGGGCAUCAAUGUUGAAAUGCAGACAGCUCGAGGAUGA